GUGGCUCUGUGCGCGUGGCAAUCGUGGAAAACUUACCGCAACGUGAAGUGAAAAUCUGCAAUCAGAGAAAGAAAAGAAGAAGAGUGAUUUUUUUUUCAAUUGUACCAAAUAACUGAAAUUUAUUGGAUGGUGAAUUAUUUGCAAGUGUAUUUUAUGCGUCAGCGGAUGGUGAAUCAGAAGCUUCAGUGAUUCAACGGUAAUUGUUUUUAGCUUGCCGGUAAAACAGUGCAGUGAUUCGGCAGUGUGUGAUAUCAUGCCAGUGAAUGGAAGUAAUCGACCUCCUUGGUUAAAAGAUAGAUUGGAAACAGUGAAUAAGAACGUUCCGCCAGCGUGGGCGCGAAAAAACUCUACCGGCAACGCUUCCACGGAUCCUAAAGAUUCCAAACCAACCCAAAAGUUAGCAACACCUGAAAGCAAAACGGCGCCGAUACUGAAAAAGGUAGUGACUCCUGCGGCAACAUCGGCCAAGGAAAAUGGCGAACCAGCAAAGGCCGCCAAACUUCAAUCGAAAGAAAUCAAGGUGCCGGUGGUGGUGCAACAGAAAAAGCCAGUACCGCCACCCCUGACCAAACCGAUCAAACCGGAACCGAUCAUCAAGAACACGGCUCCACAGAUUGCUACCCCCGUGAAACCGAAACCCAAACCGAGGGAACCUUCACCCGAAUCCGACGAAGAGGAAGAAGAAUAUGAAGAAGAGGAAGAAGAAGAAGAGGGUAGCACCGAAUAUGAGACGGAAACGGAAUCAGAGGAGGAAACUCCUCCUCCACCACCUCCACCGGUUAAGAAACCUGUACCGAAGCGGGAACCAUCUCCACCCAAACCGAAACGGGAACCAUCUCCUCCCAAACCGAAAGUUCCAAUCCAGUUGAAGAAAGUUACCAAAAGCCCGGAGAAAACCGACAGUGAGAGUAAAUCUUCCAAGUCGGAAAAAUCAUCCUCUCCGGAACCGAAAACCUUUAUCAAACCUCCGCUUAAGAAGGUGGUUAGACAACCGUCGGAGCAGAUCAAGGAACGUUCUGCAUCGCCGGAACCGAAGAACUUCCGUAGUCAGUUGCGAAAAGUGCCUUCGAAUCUGAAGGCACCACGUGUAAAGGAAAAACUACCAGAAGUGCAGCUUAAAAAGGUGGAAAAACCACUGCUCGAGGAGAUUCCCAACAAGGAGGAAGCGUACCCACACAAACCCUCGAUGCUGAAAUCGGAAAGCAGUAAAAGAAUUCCACCACCGCCUCCGAUGCCCAAAUCAAACAUCCCACCACCUCCUCCUCCGCCGCCAAAACUUGGACCACCACCAGAUUUCCAAAAAGGGCCUGUCUCUAACAAGCACAAAGAAUUGGUCGAAAAACUCAAGAAACGGCCGCGCAAACGACCGGACUGGUCCGACAUGAUGAAAGAGGUAGAACAGGGUACAAAGCUGCGUCACGUUGAAUGCAAUGAUAGAUCGAAGCCGAUCGUUCACUCGAAAUCGAUCACCAAGGUUAAGGAUCAGUUCAUUUUCGAAACUGAGAAAGCCACUGCUCACAACGUAUUGCUCAAGGAGAUCCAGUCGGGCAUAUCUUUGAAACCGACCAAAUGUAACGAUCGUAGCAAACCUAACCUGGAAGGGCUGCGAAAGUUCCGCCGACAGAUGACAUUAGAGGAACAGCUAGCAAAAUCCGAAUCACGUGCCAACCUAGCAGCGCCACCCGUGGACGACGAUGAAGUUGACGAAAUGGACGAUAUCGAUAGGGUUCGAGAUGAUCUGCAAAGCACAAAGCAGCUUCUGGCGAUGGAACUGCGGAACAAUGAGGCCCUGGAGCGAGAGAACAAACGGCUCCUGCAGAGGGUGCAGAAUCUGGAGGCAGAACUUUCCCGCGAACGUUGGAAUCCGUUGAGUGGAGAGGAAAAGAGCACCAUUAGCGGACCAGAUGCCGGUUUGAUCCAGUCGUUGAAAAAUGAAGCACUCGAAGCCCAACAGCAGUCGAAACAGCUGGAAGAGAAGUAUCAGACGGUGGCGAAGGAAUUGGAUACCGCGUUUAAGCAGUCCGAGGAGCAGAAGCGUAAAAUUGCUGAAUUGGAGAAGAAACUGCAGUGCUUAACGGAUGAUGACUACUAUUUGAGUGAGCACCAGGGUAUAACCGACGGAGGCCCCAAUGCAACACGGCGCAUUAGUGAAGCUGCCCAGAAGGAAAGUUCACCGGAACUGGCGGCCGACGAGGAAGAGGAGGAGGAAGAAGAAGAGGACGAGGAGAAGAAGGCCGAGAAGGCAGCUAAGCGGUUGAAUCGCGAGGUCAAUAUGCUUUCAGCUCGGCUCAUUCGACUGAAGGAGAAACAGGAAGAGAAGCACGCGGAACGACAGGCACUAAAAUAUGCCAUGAAAACUAACCAGUACGCUCUCAAAAACGAGCGUAAAAAGUAUAAGAAACUCCAGAAGGAAGUUGAUAAGAUGGCAGCAAUGAUGAAGAUGGAAGAGGAAGACGAGGAUGCCGAAGAACCAAAAGAAUCAGCAGCAGAGGAACCAGAAGAAGAAGAGGAAGAGGAGACUGAGGAAGAGAGCGAAUCGGAGUCCGAGUCGGAAAGUGACAGCGAAAGUGGGAAUGAAGCCGAUGACGCCCCAGACGAGAAAAAGAAAGUCAAUCUUGAACCGCGGGUAAAACGACACGAAGGAAGACUAGCUUCUCUCAAAAAGGGCAACUAUUUGCUACAGGCCAAUGUGGAUAGAAUCAAGGAUGAAAUCAACAAAACAAGGGAAAUGUGCUGCACACUGCAGGCUGACCUAGACUCGGUUAUUGCUGAUUUAGGUUAAUUUGAAACCAUUUAGUAAAUCUAUCAUCAAACAUAUUACCCUUAUUAUAUACUGACUCGGCAGACAAAACAAUCAUAACCCAUACUCACUUACCUUACAGGAUAACAGGAACACGUACUUUUUUAAACCCACAAAUUCUACUAGCCUUACAAAGUCAAUUUUUCAUAUCAAAUCACCCAAACAGCUUGUAGAGAACCAUUUCAAUGUAUUUCAACAUUUACAAACCAUACACAAUAAAACACUGGUAAACGGAUAAGCAAAACCGGUCGUGGCCCACAAAAAGAAAGUAUUUAAUUUGCUGUAUUUUUGCAAGUCGAAAUAAAAGAAUAAAACUUACCUGAAGUGUAAGCUGAAUUUUUACAA